GAUGUUUAUCUGUUUGUAAAUGUUUUGGUGCCGAUGACCGUCAGUUUAUAUCAUCGAAGGAAGCUUAUGAUUACAUGAAUGUUAAUAACAUGACUUGUUAUUCAAUGUUUUGCGGCGUCGAGUAAUUACUUACGGGCACCUGCUUACUAACUUAAGAGAUGAAGAUACCAACUCUUGCAGAUAGAUGUCUUCAGUUUACUGAUCUAUAAAGAUUCAAUGAGCACAGCUGCCAAACAGAGAAAGAAAAAGGACCCUACAACACAUGUGUUGACAAAGGAACUAGUUAUUUCAGUAAACAAGAUGAAGGUAACUGAACUGAACAAAUGGACUCCGGUGUUACGGUCUGAACAAACACCAACACUCUGUUUUGAAGGCUAUGUGAGCAGGAUUAAUGGACAGAAGAGAAGGUACAUAGCCUAUAAGACACAACCUUUGGACGUUCGACUGGGGAACUAUUUGUUUCGUCAAACGAAUGGUGAAACCUGUUCUUUAGUAGGAGAGCUGUAUGAUCCAUCAAAUAAUCUCCCACUCUCAGUGAAAUCAAAGUUCAAGAAUGGUAUUCCUAAAAAGUGGCAAACCAUUGCAAAAUUUUGGGAUAAUAUGCAGAAACACUCCUUUUAUAGGAAGCAGCUGAGGAGUUUCAGUUCCAGGUUUGCAUGGCUAGAAUCACUGAAAUCCUCAGGACUGUUAAGAGUGAGUUCCAGAGGCCGUAUUAUAAUACCUUCUCCGAAAUAUCUUAAAGGCAAAAAUGUGGAGCGAAAAGAAGUAGAGGCAGCACAUUUGAUAAACAGUCAAUUACAAUUGAUCAGCAAAAAUUUGGAUUUUACACCUGUUCAUAAAACUGAUGAUAUAAUAUGCACUCCCAGGCAGCCUGUAGAAAACAACUGUAAUACAGUAAAUGGAAACACGUCAUACCGCUGUACAAACUGUGAGGAUUCCACAGAAAAUCCACUGAGUAAAAGUAAUUUUUCCCACAAAAUAAGUGAACGUGGUCACAUGCAAACUGUACAAAAUUUGGGAAAUUGCAUGAAGGACACACGCAGAUCUAGCAUUAAUCAAAGAAAACUUCUUACAUGUAAGCGUAAAUUAAUAGUUGCUGAAGUACAAAAUAAGAUGUGUAGGUCUGGUAAAAUAUCAAAGAAAACAUAUGAAAAAAUAACAAACAAAUAUCACUACAGAUGCCUGCCACAUGGAAGAAAAUACCUCCUCCGUAGCACAUCAGAUGCACGAUUAUUACGAAAGAAUAAUCAGUGCAAGAAAGAACCAAGGGUGACUUCAGUUAACAUUAGAGACAAUGAUAGAAUAAUGAUACAUCAGAGAAAGCAGCCUUUACAAACCAAAAGGAAACAAAAUGUUUUGAAUAAGAAAAAUAACCUUCUUUAUUCUCAGGGCAAAAAGAAUUCAUCCAAUUGCAGCAAACAGAAUCAAGAAGGAAAGGGUAGUAAAGAGGUUGGCUCAUGUACGGAAUAUGCUGUACAGAAUAUUGUAUUAGAACCUGAACCUUGUUUCAAGGAAUGCAGAAAUGAAAGUGCAGUGGAUGUGGAAAAGAACAAACAAUGUGACACACUACUAAAAUUGCCUUACAAGGAACCAUGUCCAGUUGUUAGAGAUAUAAGAUCAGGCAACGUCUUAAAGAACUGUGCAAACAGAUUACGAAAGUCAAAGCAGCGAAUAUGUUGUCAAGAUAUUAGUGAUACAGAAAGACCAAAGAAAAAAUCAGAAAAUCCUCCUCCACCAAAGGCAAACAGUAAAGUUGUUAAAACACUCCUGGAUACAUCUGAAGGCUCAGGACCCGGUAUUGAUGGCAGACAGUGUACUGGAGAUGCGGAAGAACUACCUUCUAAAAGACAAGAAGAAAGAAAUUUGGGACCUGUACCUGCUGCAGACCAAAAUUUGUUAGAGAGAAAGGGGUCCCUAAGAAAGGCCUCUGAAGAUAUAUCCAGGAAAGACAAGUUUAGUGGAAAAUGUGUGUCUUCACCAUUGAACAAUAGUAAAAGCAGACACUUGAGGCUGUUAUCGAAUGAAAGGCAGACAGAAAAUAGAAGAAGUGCUGUUAGAAGUCAACUGAAUGAAAAGCAGCUACGCAAAGUGCCAGACAAAUCAAGAAAGAAAAGUAUAUCAACAAGUAAAUAUUCUCCUGCUGUUGCGUCACCCAUGAAAAUGGCAGCAGAAGCAUUAGAGGAAACCAAAGAAGCGGCAGCAACUCAAGGAAAAAUACUAAACAAUACCUCUAAAAGGAAAAUUUGUAAGAAUGACAACAAACAGCCAAGAAUAUCAGACCUGCAGUCUUCUGAUAAAACUGAGCCAGGUGUUACGUCUCCCAUGAAAAUGGCAGGAGAAGCAUUAGAGGAAACCAAAGAAGCGGCAGCAACUCAAGGAAAAAUGCUAAACAAUACCUCUAAAAGGAAAAUUUGUAAGAAUGACAACAAACAGCCAAGAAUAUCAGAUCUGCAGACUUCUGAUAAAACUGAGCCAGGUGUUCCCUCCAAAGAUGCUUUAGAAACUUCAUCAAGGAAAACUGAAAAAAGUGAAAAAAAUAAACCUAAUUUAUCAUUAGAUGACAUAGAUGAUAUAUUGACUACUGGUGCCCCAAGAACAUUAAAACAGCGAAAGAAGCUUCGAAAGACGAUAGACUCCUAUGCAAAAAGCCAGACUACAUGUACAGAUCUUUUCGCUGAUCCUGAUUAUAACCACCUUAUUGGAGAAAAUGAUGCAUGCUCUAGUCAGGAAUGGGACAAAGAUUAUGCAGAAGCUAUUGAGAGACUUGUCAAUGGUAAACUUUCUGACCAGAUAUCCUUGGGUUCAACAUCACCUGCCCAGUACCUCCAAGAUUUUGUUUGUGAUGAUAACCAGAGUGUUCGAUCAACUAGUCCAUUUGAAAGGACACCUUGUGAUGAGGAAUUUAAACUACGUUAUGAGCAUCGUGUACUGAAAGAGAGGAAUGAAUGUUCACGAAGAAAAUCACUGAAUAUGGAUUUUCUGUCUUCAUUUUCUCAACGGGGAACAGAUGCUUCAACUGAAGCAGAUGCAGCAUACAAUGCAUUAAUUCACGGGAAGCCAGUGCCACAGAAACUGUUCGAUUUAAAGUCCAACAAAAACAAUACUUCUUCAGACGAUAGUUCUUCUGAGUGUUCAGACGAAAUUUAGUGAACAUUUAUUUUAGUGCUUAUUUAUUUUGUUUUAUAUAUUUAAAAGCUAGAGACAUUUUGAUGAACUUCUACAUGAAAGCAUUUGUAAUACAUUGUACUUCAUCUUUGUGUAAGUGAUUUUAAUUUAUUGUCUUAAAAUAUUUUUAACUUAUUUUUAUACAGGGGUAGAUAUUUUUUAGUCGAACACUCUAGCUAUAUUUGUUCAUUCACUCCUUACAGUAUUUUACUUAUAAUUUUAUGCUACAGUUUUAUUCUAAGAUGUCAUCUGCAUGCAUGUUUUAGGUGUUCACCAUGAAGGAAGUAGUGGCUGUAUUGAUAAGUUUUAAUGAAUCAUAAAAUGCAAUCAACUGCUGUAAACAUUUUUCAUCAGAUGAUAUAUUAAAGUUGUUGUACUUAUUUGUAAAUAUAUUUAUGUGAUUAUUUUUUUGA